AUUACUUAUCUGCGCUUGUUGACCGCGACCGACCGACACGUCGCAGGAGUAAAACAUUUUACUUUCAAGUUCUUAUUUAUUGUUUAGACACUAGUAAUAUCGACAUCUUUCUAUAUAUUUGGCACAGUUUAGGUUAGCUCACACUAAAAAAAUAAAUCUUUGUAACAUUGAUUUGAAUGACCCGUAGUUCCUGUUAGAGUCGACAAUCCUAGAUGCAAUGGAGGAAGUGUGUAUAAAACUCGAACCCUGCGAUGAUAUCUGUAUAAAAGAAUCGACAGCAGAAGGAAUCGACGAAGUGUGUGUAAAACCUGAGCCUUGGCAGGAUAUCAGUGUAAAAUAUGAGCCUUAUGACAGUGUGCGUGUAAAAGAAGAACACCCGUCGUAUUAUGAAAAUGUAAAAAACGAACCGACUUGCUUGAAAAGGCAUGGCGAGAACGCUACGGAUACUUCAGAGUUGUAUGCUCACCAUAUCGUAAAAGAUGAGCUAGUACUCGGCCCCGAGAUAAUGGAGAGGCCAAUGCAAGGGAGAACACAAGAAAAGGAACUAUGUGGGAAACCCCGUACUUACAAAUGUAAACAUUGUCAUUUUGCAGCAGUCAGAAAGUCUUCUUUAGUAUGUCAUAUGAGGAUUCACACAGUGUCUCAACAGUCUAAUAAAAAUGGGCUAUGUGGAUAUACUAGCCAACAACAACAAAAAUUAACACUCCACGAAAAUAAAUGCACUAGUCAUAAGCCUUACAAAUGUCGCAAAUGUAGUUUUACCAGUUCCUCUAAAGGUGGUUUGAAACUUCAUGGACUGAUUCAUGGUGAGAAGCAGUACAAAUGCGACCAGUGUAGUUACAAGACUGCCAGAAAGUAUUCACACGUACGUCAUACGAACACGCAUGCUCGUGUGAAGGCAUACAUAUGUAGCCACUGUAGUUAUGCUGCUGCCUCUAAUCAUGAUUUAAUCAUUCACAAAACUAUUCACAAAAAGUACAAAUGUGACUAUUGCGGCUAUGCAACUGCUAAGAAGUCAGUCUUAGUAUGUCAUAUAAGAAAACACACUGGUGAAAAGCCCUUUGAUUGUAAACAAUGUAGUUAUACCACUACCACCAAAUCAAAUUUAAUGCACCAUAUAAAAAUGCAUGGAGAGAAGCUUUACAAAUGUGUUCAAUGCAGUUUUGCUACUGUACACAAACAAAGUUUGAAAGUUCAUAACAAAAUGAAACAUUCUGAUGCAAAGCCAUACAAAUGUGACCAAUGUGAUUUUGCUACUGCCUUUAAAGAUAGUUUCGUAUCACAUAAAUUGAUGCAUUCUGAUGAAAAGCUAUACAAAUGCUCGCAAUGUAGUUAUACAAGUGCCGACAUACAUAAUUUACGAACCCAUUCAAUGUUACACACUGGUAAGAAGCCCUACAAAUGUGGCCAAUGUAGUUUUGCAACUGAAGGACGAAAUAGCUUGGUUGACCAUAUAAUGAUACACACUGGUGAAAAUCGACACAAUGGUGAAAAACUUCACAAAUGUGAUCAAUGCGAUUAUGUUGCCGUCUACGAAAGUACUUUACUGAGCCACAAAAAGAAGCACAAAGGAGAAAAAGGCGGUAUAAACUCCGUUUUAGAAACCUGCCCUUCAGCCACAUUACGACCACUUGCUGAUCAAACUCGUGUGAAAAUUGAAUAUGUCCCAGUAUCUUUUGAAGCGUCACCAGAUUCCCAGGACGAGAUUGCAAUGAAAAUAAAAAAGGAAACUGCCUACGAAGAUAGUUUUUCAUCAAAUAAAAAUAUGGAUUCUGGUGAAAAGCUUUACAAAUGCGCCAAAUGUAGUUAUACCAGUGCCGACAUACAUAAUUUACGAACCCAUACAAUGUUACACACUGGUAAAAAGCCUUACAAAUGUGACCAAUGUAGUUACGCAUCUGCAGGAAGGAAUACCUUACUUGACCAUAUGAUGACACACGCUGGUGAAAAGCGACACAAAUGAGAUCAAUUCGAUUAUGCUGCUAUCCAUAAAAUCACUUUACUGAGCCACAAAAAGAAGCAUAUAGGAGAAAAAGGCGGUGAAACCUCCGUUAUAGAAGCCAGCUCUACAGCCACAUCAGGACCGCUUGCUGAUCAAACUUGUGUGAAACUUGAAUUUGUUGUGCCAGUAACUUUUAAAUCGCCACCACCAAUGAAAAUUAUGUUUUACAACUAUAUAAUAAACAUUUAUGUAACCGACUGUUAUUUUAAAGGGAUUAGGCUCAUUCUGAAAAAUGGUUAAAAUUUAAAUAAUUUAUACUCGAAGCCAUUGAGUAAAGAACAUAGACUACAUUUAGGUACACGGCCCGAAAUUCUAUAAACUACCUGACGCGUCGAAUGAUGAUCCCUAUUGACAGUUCCUUCAAGUCGUCUUUGGAUAGACUUAAUUUAAAAAUAAUAAUAAUAAGAAAUAGAUUUUUACAGUUAUUUAGUUAUGCUGGAAAUUUUCCGCAAAUCGACAACCAUUGUGCCAACAUAUUCUGUGUGACCGACGAGGUAGCGCUACUCUAGCCACCCCGAAACCUAGCAGUGUCUUCAGGUUGCUAACUGCCUCCUUUAGCGUGCACGGAGUCCCUAGGUAUUUGUUCAUAUAUACUUCUACCUAUUUACAGUCUAGGAGAGUAUGUUUCGCUAUUUCCUUUUUGACUUGAUUUAAAAAGUAAAUAUUGAAAUAGGUUUU